CUCGAAUGGCCGAUUGAGCGCCUUUUCAAUGUUGACUUCCCUAGCAGCGAUGCUGCUGGCGUAUAUUCCUGCAACGUUUCGCCUGCUGGAGAAAAUGACAUUCAAACGAACGUGACCGUCAGUUUUGUAAAAGUUGACAUAGCCCCAGCUGUGAUUCUAGUAGGUGAAGAAACUAUCGGCACGCAGUGUCUUUUAGAGCCAAACGAUCAAGAUCUUGUGAUCACGUGGGAUAGAACAUCUGCGUCUUGUGACGUCAGUGAAAAUUCAUAUGAUGUGACAUUUAAAAAAUUAGAAGAUGUAAAUAAUGAGUAUGCAUGCUAUGUUGCAUCGAAGAUAGCCUGUUCUGUGUAUGGAAAUGUGCAAAAGGCUACAGAAAAAAGGGCUGCUCUGAAACAUACCAAAGACAUAAUCGCUGCUUCGGUAACUCGGGACGCAGCAAGUGGUGACCAGGUUAAGGUAACAGUCACGUGGAUGGGAAAAGAUGCAGGCAAAGUUGAAGUGAACUGGUUGGUGGAUGGACAAGCUGUCAACUGCACAAGAAAACACGCUUCAAGUUCGUUGACCGUCAACCGUUCAGUUUCUUUAGUAGCCGUAUUUCGUUUAAACGGCUUCGAGAUGAAGAAGAAUAUAUCGAUUAAAAUAAAUGAAGAAAACAGUGGCGGUUACUUGAGUGGGUGGAAAGUUGCUGUGAUCACUACUGUAUUGGUUAUUGCUGUGGCAAUAACUAUAUCAGCUAUCGUUUGGUUCAUGCGUAAGAAGAAAAGAGGAUGCUUCAAAACAGAAUCAAACGGAUCGGAAGAUGAAGUUGUAGAUGGAGAAACCACCCAAAAUGCCGAUUCCUUUUUAAUGGGCGAAACACCCGCUGAUGAAGAAAAACAGGUUCAGCAACUUUCAGAAAAUGAUAAAACGAAUCGAGAGAAAGGUCCAGAGCAGGAAACACUUGGAUGUACAAUUGAAGAAGAGCAAGAGACAGUAUCGUCGUCAAAUCCACUUAACGUAGUUUAUGGUGUUUACAAAUCACUCUGGAGUUCAAAGCCUGAUAGUGUGGAAACAAACGAUGAACAAGACGCUACUAUUUAAUUUUGUGCUCUGGAAAUACCGUAAGCAGGAAAUUCUCACGUUAUCAUUUUGACAGAUCUAUUUAUGAGUUACAUUUUAUCAAACAUAAGACAGAAGUUAUGAGAUUGAAAAUUGGCAAUAGGCGGAAGUGUUACAAUGAUUUAGAUGUUAUAGUAUCAGAGUUUUAACUGUUUUUGAUGUAAUGUAGUGUUUUGUUUUCAUUUAACUCGUGUUUUAUGAAUAUUCUUUACAUUGUGCAUUUUUUGCAUCUGCUUAUAUUUUAUUUUAGCAUUCCAAGGCGAUGACGUACGUUGUUUUUUUUUAUAUCCAAUUGUUUGUUAAAGUGUAGGCAAUAUAGGAAUAACGUUGUUGGUUGGUACAUCAGGGCGACUAUAUUUCGAUUCCGCUCCGUAAAAUCGUAGCGCCAAUACGGAUUUUUAGCUUUAUCUUAUAAAUCCAUGUCACAACUCGAGGUCUGCUUUAAAGGUAAGAGAGAAAUGUUAUAUAGUGCAUUUCCUUUCUGCUUCAUAAAUUUUGAAAGAUUUUUAGGUCUAUCUCGGCAGCACGGCUGUCUGUAUUGACUUUAUGUCCGAUGACUGCCGACCGCCCAUACAUUUUCUUUAUUUUUAGACACAUUUUACCCCUUUGUAAACGUAGGGAAGUCAUGUUAAGAUUGCCUGCUAAAACUCCUUAUCGUUGUUAUUUCUAUCGGCUAAAAAUAUUGAUUACAACUUUACGUGUCUAAAGUUCUUUUAGUGUCUUGAGUAUCACUAACAAAGUGCUAUAACUGAAGAGAACAGAAUUCAUGCCCAUUGUGAAUUGAAAAAAAUGUCAGAGAUGUCAGCAGGUCAGCGUUUACAUGUGAGACGAAAAGCAACACAUCCAUUCCUGUAUUUGCGCGAUGAUGAUCUGAAAUAUCAACUUUAUGAUGCUACAUUCUUAAAUAUUUUUCCUAAAAAGAAGGGUUGUAGUUGACACUCGUUCGUUGUUUUAUUUCAUAGUUCCUCAAAAAGUUGUAACUCUGUUGCUCUGGUCUCUUUCCUACCAUUGAGUAAUUAAAUGGUAAUUAAAUUGAAUGUGUUUUAAUUCCCUUUUAUUAUUGUUUAAUUUGAGUUACAAUGCCAUGCGAUUAAAUUGUAUUUACACUUAUAUGUAUCAUGAAUAUUGCUGGGCCAAGUGUGAUGUUGAGCGCUCUAAAACCGGUUUAAACCUCCAAUGCUUUGCAUUGACCGUUCCAAGGGGGUAACCCCAGCUUUAUUCUUAUAUGUGUUUAUGUUGUCUUGUAUUGUGCUAUUUUGUACUGCUUAGGCAAUUGGUCACUUGCCUUAAAUAAAGGACCAACUAAAUGUAUAUAAUGAGAAUGCAAUACUGCUCCAGCAGCUGGAGUUUCACUUCUUUAUACUGUGUAUUUUUUGUUGGUCAUUAAAUGUUUAUAUGCGCUCCGCUUAAUCUCUGACCUCCAAUUUAACAGAAUCAUGAUCCCGCGGUAAUUAACGUUAAGGUUUACGGCUCCUUAUGGUAGUAAAAUUAACGGCACACGUGUCGUCAGCUUCAUAAUAAGAUCGAUGGCCAACUCUUAAAACUUUUUGUACUUACACAUUUUCUGUCUUGCUUUAAAUUCUGAAAAUUUCAUUGUCAUUAUGCAAGGUCAUUUUCAGAAAAUGUAUGUAAAACUGUCAAACGUGACAUAGAGACAGCUCUCAAAGACAAUAUUAACAUGUUCAUUGAUUGGAAAUGAAUUAACAUUAAAUGUUAUACUAAUAUAAACAUUCACGCCUUUUCCGCCAUACGAUUCGCCUUCUUUCUAUAUGAGUUUGUUUUCAUUUUCAUAUUUUUAUUGUUGAAACUUUUCUUAAUUUGUUUUCUUGUGUAUACCUUUUAAACCUGUUUUAUAUACUUAGUAUUUUUAUAUAAUGCAUCUUAUUAGCGUUUAUUUAACACCUACUUUGCAUAUUCGGUGAAAAACAUUUUUUUACCACCCAAAAAGCUUUUUUAAAAUAAAUGCCAUGUUUUAAUCAA